AUGGCUACAGAUCCACCUCAACCUCCAUUAGCUCCUAACCCUUCUUGGUUUACUCCCAAAAGGUUACUUGUUAUCUUUUGUAUUAUAAACUUACUAAAUUAUGUGGAUCGGGGGGCAAUAGCAAGCAAUGGCGUUAAUGGGAGCUUGCAGACUUGCACAAAAGGUGGUGCAUGCUCAUCUGGUAGUGGAAUUCAGGGUGAUUUUAACCUGAGUAAUUUUGAGGAUGGGGUUUUAUCAUCUGCUUUCAUGGUUGGACUCCUCGUGUCCUCUCCAAUUUUUGCAUCGUUAGCCAAGAGUGUCAAUCCUUUUAGGCUAAUUGGAGUCGGUUUGUCUGUCUGGACCUUUGCCACUGCUGGUUGUGGUUUUUCAUUUAAUUUUUGGACCAUCACAAUUUUUCGCAUGCUAGUGGGUGUUGGUGAGGCUUCUUUCAUAAGUCUUGCAGCUCCAUUCAUCGAUGAUAAUGCCCCAGUUGCACAGAAAACGGCAUGGCUAGGUGCGUUUUACAUGUGUAUACCGUCUGGUAUUGCAGUUGGCUAUGUUUAUGGUGGAUUGGUUGGUCAAUUCAACUGGCGUAUCGCAUUCUGGGGGGAGGCAAUUUUGAUGCUCCCUUUUGCUAUAUUAGGCUUUGUGAUGAAACCUUUGCAGUUGAAAGGUUUCUCUCCUGCUGGAUCCAAAAAAGCAUCAAUAUUGCCGGAUGGCUCGGAAGAUCAGGAUUCAAUUGGUGAGGAUGGCGAACUGUUCACAAGAGAAGCAGCAGAUCAAAGUUCAGGACCUUUUGGGUUAACAGUUGCUUGGAAUGCAAGUGUUUGGACGAGAUUUUGGGAAGACAUGAAAAUUCUGUUGCUGGAUCAGGUUUAUGUUGUGAAUGUUCUUGGUUACAUAGCAUAUAAUUUUGUCAUAGGUGCGUAUUCCUAUUGGGGACCCAAGGCUGGUUAUAAUAUAUAUCACAUGAGUAAUGCAGAUAUUAUGUUUGGAGGUGUUACAGUAGUUUGUGGAAUAUUUGGAACGCUAGCAGGUGGUUUUGUCCUUGAUCUUAUGACUUCCACAAUAUCUAAUGCUUUUAAGCUUCUAUCAUUUGCAACAUUAUUUGGUGCAAUAUUUUGCUUUGCUUCCUUUUGCUUUAAGAGCCUAUAUGCUUUCUUGGCUCUUUUCUCAAUAGGAGAGAUGCUGGUAUUUGCCACUCAGGCUCCUGUAAAUUUUGUGUGCCUACAUACUGUCAAGCCUAGUUUGAGACCACUAUCUAUGGCUAUGUCAACCGUUUCAAUUCACAUUUUUGGUGACGUGCCUUCUUCUCCUCUUGUCGGGCUUAUUCAGGAUCGUAUUAACAAUUGGAGGGUAACCGCUCUUAUUCUAACAUCCAUUCUGUUUCUGGCAGCUGGAAUAUGGUUUAUAGGAGUGUUUCUUCACAGUGAAGACAAGUUUAACGAAGACAGCAAUCAUCCUGUUCCUACAGUUGGUAAGUCGGACACAACUCCAUUGCUUGAAGAGAAUAGAACAACAGCAGAGAUGGCAUGA